AUGGAGAACGACGACCUCCUCGUGGAGAUACUCCUGCGGGUCCCCCCGCGACCUUCCUCCCUCCCCCGCGUCUCCUCUGUCUGCAAGCGCUGGCGACGCAUCGUCGCCGAUCCCCAAUUCUUCCGCCGCUUCUGCGCCCACCACCGGGAAGCCCCCAUCGUCGGCGUGUUCUUCAGAUCCAAUUUCAUUGAACCCUCCUUCAGGUCGACUCUCGAUCCGCCGGACCUCAUCCCGCCCGAGCUCUUCUCCCCGCGGCUCGACGACAUCGACGGCGGCGGCGGCAACUUGUCCUUCCGCGGCUGCUGCCACGGCCGCGUCCUCUUCACCGGCACGGACGGUGGCAGCAGCAGCUGCCGCCAGGUCCUUGUGUGGGAUCCCGUCACAGGCGAACGCCGCUGCACAGGCAGUCCACCACAGCUGAAUGGUCACCACUGGAUCGUGAACGAUAUGCAAGCGGAUGCGCUCUGCGUUGCCGGCGACAAGGGCCACCUGCACGGUGCCUGCCAUUCGAGCCCCUUCAAUGUGGUCUUGGUGUGCGUCAGCGCCGGCGUCGCACGAGCCUGCGUCUACUCGUCGGAGAUGGGAGCCUGGGCCGAUCCCAUCUCAACCUUGGUUCCAUUUGGUAUGUCUCCUUCUCUGGGCAGUCGAAGCAUGCUGCUUGGGAGUUCACUCUACUGGUUUAUGUUUGGCCCCGAGGUGGGUAUCCUUGAGCUUAAUUUCGACAGACAGAGCCUAGCCGUGAUCGAGGUGCCACCACAUGCCUACGCCAACCAUCAGGGACUUUAUUUGAGUACUCUGGGUGGCGCGCUUGGUUUCAUCGUCAUGUCGGAAUCCUACAAAGCACAACUAUGGGAGAGGAUCACUGAUUUUGAUGGUAUUGCUGGGUGGAUGCCGGGACGAACUAUUGAGUUGCGCAAGCUUCUCCCUCUAAAAUCAGGGGAAUGGGUCAAAAGAGUAAGGAUUAUUGCUGGUGAUGAUAAUUUGGUACUUAUGUCAACAUCUAGGGGCAUCUUCAUGGUUCAUCUCGAGUCAUUGCAGUUUGAGGAGAUAUUUAAAAGCAACCCUCUUAAUCGGCUGAGUGAAAAGGUCAUUUGUCUCCCAGGAAGUUUACUGUCAGCCAUCGGCCAUCACUACCUCUGCCCUGUGGAAAUCAAUGCACUUUAUAGCUCACCUUAUUGA